AUGGUUAAGAAGAAAUUGACCUCAAUAGCGUGGCCAUAUACACCUGAACCUUCGCCUCGUCUUGAACCUUUGGUCUAUCAGUUGGUAGAUAUUCCUGAAGACUUCACCAUGUCUGAAGAAGAAUUACCUCGGGCAAGGCCCAUCACUAUGGCAGCUCGAAAAGAAGGUGUUAUGUCACCAGGGGCAAGACCAACUUUGGACGAUGUACUCAACAAUAAGGCACCAUCACCUUACACCCUAGCCGCCUACACAGCCUUUCUAUCUCAGCAGCACUGUUUAGAAACGCUCGAAUUUACUACCGAGGCCAAGAGAUAUUCAGACAAAUACGACGAAGCAUCAGCCAGUAUGGGAGGCAUGCCCCUCACAAUAGAGACGCAGGAGGGAUGGGAAUUGAUACAGGACUGGACGCGGAUCCUCGAGAUCUACGUUAAGCCAGGGGCCCCGCGAGAAAUUAAUUUACCGGCAGAGGAACGAGAUGAUUUGAUCGAGCGGUCAUACGAUAUCAGGCCUCCUCGACCUGAUUUCCUGGACGCUGCCGUCAAACGCAUGUACGACUUGAUGUCGGAUUCGAUCUUCAUUCCGUUUUGCAACAGCCUCAAACAGGUUUCACAUGCGCAAACCUAUACGCCUAUGUCGGAUUUUGCAGACAUGGCUGAACUUGAACCUUCGCGGCUGACAUAUGAUGAGCGAGGCCUGCAUCGUCGAAUGCCCUCGCGCCGGCGGCGAUCUCCUCCACACACCUCAGCGGUUUCAUUUGAAGCUACUCGAUCUCCUCCGCAGCAGCAUCGGCCCACACAGUCCUCGUCGUUAUCGUCGGCCCUAGGUCGGCAGAGUGGGGCGCGCUUGUCGACUCACGUGUCACAUUCGUCUGCCGUCUCAGAAAGUGCAUUGACUGACAGCAGCGGAGGUCCGGACAGCCCCCCCGUGGGUGAGCUCCUGGAAGCCGAUUCAGUCAUAACCCCACCGACAACGCCGCCAACGAGUGAGCUGGGUGGAACCAUAAGUCAUGGGAGUGGGAGCGGAAUGGCAAGUGUCAAACCACAUCGAAGCGAAAGCGGCGGCUGGAAGAAGGCCAUGAAGAUCUUCAGCGGCGGAAAGAAGAAGAAUGGCGGCAGUGAGCACGACUGA